UUGCUGAUAGUAUUGAAACUGUAAUGUCUGCUCAAUGGUAUGAUGCCAAUAUCUCCAUCCCUGGUUGUGACAAAAAUGUAAGUUGACCUUAACUUUUUUUCAAUUCAAAAGAUGGUUUUUGAUUUGAUGGGUCACUUUUAUUUUGUUAAAAAUGUAAUCUUUAAGGGUCUUAGGUAUAAGUUCAUUUGAAAUACUUUGAUUUUUGGUACAUUUUUCUAUUACUUUCAAUCUCAGAUGGUCUUUGGGGGAUUUUUCUUUGAUGGAUUGAUUAUCUUGUUAAAGAUGCAUUGUUUCAUGGGUAUUUGCUACAAGUUAUUCUUGAAUACUUUGUUGGGUGUCUUUUGUUCUUGUUAAAAGUGCAAUCUUUAAGGGUCUUUGCUAUAAGUUAAAUUGAAUUGUUGAUUUUUGGUCCAUUUUUCUGGUACUUUCAAUUUCAGCUGGUCUUUGUGGAUUCUCUUUGAUGGAUUGGUUAUCUUGUUAAAGAUGCAUUGUCUUAUGGGUAUUUGUUACAAGUUAUAUCUUGAAUACUUUCUAGGGUCUUGGCUAUAAAUUAAAUUGAAAUACUUCUGAUUUUUGGUCCAUUUUCCUAUUACUUUCAGUUUCAGAUGGUCUUUGUGGAUCUUUCUUUGAUGGAUUGAUUAUCUUGUUAAAGAUGCAUUGUUUCAUGGAUGGUCUUUGUGGAAUCUUUCUUUGAUGGAUCGAUUAUCUUCUUAAAGAUGCAUUGUUUUAUGGGUAAUAUUUGUUACAAGUCAUGUCUGAUACUUUGUUAGGUAUCUUAUUCCAUCUCAAAAGUAAACUAUUUCGAUCUUUUUGAGGUUGGUUAUGGUUUGCUAUGAAUCUAUCUCUAUGGGUUGUUCCCCUUUCUUGAUAAAAAGGAAAUAUUCAAGAACAUGGAUGAACAUAUUUGAGUCGAAGGGCUUAAAAUCAUACACUAUAACAUUUAUCAGAAAGUGGUUUAAUUGUAUCAAAGGUUUCUAUAUAUCAUUAUCAAAUAAAUGCAAUCAUUUUCUUUUCCAGAUGCCAGGUACUAUUAUGGCAAUGGGGCGUCUGAACCGGCCAAGUAUAAUGAUCUAUGGUGGAACCAUCAAGCCCGGUCAUUUUCAAGGCCACACAUACGACAUAGUAUCUGCGUUUCAGGCUUAUGGGGAAUAUGUAAGUGGUUCCAUAAACGAUGAACAGAGAACUAAUGUUCUACGCAAUUCUUGCCCGGGAGCCGGGGCUUGUGGUGGAAUGUAUACUGCAAAUACCAUGGCCUCUGCCAUUGAGGCAAUGGGAAUGUCUCUUCCUUACAGCUCGUCAACGCCUGCUGAAGAUCCAUUGAAGUUGGAUGAGUGCCGCUUAGCUGGAAAGUAUAUUCUUGAUUUAUUGAGAAUGGACUUGAAACCAAAAGACAUAAUCACUCCUAAAUCAUUGCGUAAUGCAAUGGUUACGGUUAUGGCUCUUGGUGGGUCCACCAAUGCUGUAUUACACUUGAUUGCUAUAGCCAGGUCAGUUGGUUUGAGCUUGACUCUCGAUGAUUUCCAAAAGGUUAGCGAUGCAGUUCCAUUUCUUGCGGAUCUUAAGCCUAGUGGCAAAUACGUCAUGGAAGAUGUACACAAGAUUGGAGGGACGCCCGGAAUCCUUCGAUACCUUUUGGAGCUGGGGUAUUUAGAUGGAGACUGUAUUACCGUCACGGGGAAGACUCUGGCAGAAAACGCAAAACUGUUCCCUUCUUUGUCUGAAGGCCAGCAAAUAAUAAGACCACCAACAAACCCCAUAAAGGAAACCGGUCACAUUCAAAUACUUUACGGAAAUCUUGCACCCGAUGGUUCUGUGGCAAAGAUUACAGGAAAAGAAGGGUUAUAUUUCUCUGGUCCUGCACUUGUGUUCGAGGGGGAGGAAUCCAUGAUUGCAGCCAUUGCUGAAGAUCCCAUGAGUUUUAAGGGGAAGGUAGUUGUUAUUAGAGGAGAAGGUCCUAAAGGGGGGCCGGGUAUGCCCGAGAUGCUGACACCAACAAGUGCAAUAAUGGGCGCAGGUCUCGGCAAGGAAGUUGCGUUGUUGACCGAUGGAAGAUUUUCAGGUGGUUCACAUGGAUAUGUUGUUGGCCACAUAUGCCCAGAAGCACAGGAAGGUGGUCCGAUUGGUUUAGUUCAAAAUGGAGACGUUAUCACGAUAGACAUCAGCAAAAAGAGAAUGGACGUUGACCUACCCGACAAAGAGCUCGACGAGCGACGAAAGGCAUGGACCGCUCCUGCAUACAAGGCCGACAGAGGCGUCCUUUACAAGUACAUCAAGAAUGUUCAAUCGGCUUCGAAUGGAUGUGUAACGGAUGAGUGUUAAGAGGGAAGUUGAGAUCAGGGGUGAUAUCGAGAAUUGUCGCAAUUCCAGCUGGCGACUCGGUUUUUUUUUUACUGCAGGUACGAGAGUAUGAUUGAUGUUGGUUUUGUAUGUUUUUUGAAACGAGAGGUUGGGACCAUUGUACAACGGUCAUAAUUGGACCUACAUUUUAAAUUUAUAACUGCUAAGAAGCAGUUUUGAGGCA